AUGCGCCUCCGCUCCCCACUAUCAUCCGUCCCCGCGAUUCGCGCGGACGGCCAGGCUGCGGAUGCCGACUUCCUGCUUGACUCGUGGCUCGGGGCGCUGCGGGACCUCGGUGGAGACCGCGGGUGGCAGCAGCCAGGCAUUGGGAAGAUCCGUGUCGACCGGGCAUUAGAUCGAGCAUGUCGGGUCGUUGGGGUGGUGACGUUGUGCACACCAAAUGGAUACGGCGAUCUCAUGCUGAAUCUGAAGGACCCAUCUGGUACUAUUGAUGCAUCAGUUCACAAGAAAGUUCUAUCAAAUGAAAACCUUUCAAAGGGUUUAUCAGUUGGGUCUGUCAUUGUUCUCAAACAGGUGGCUGUUCUUCGCCCUUCUAGCACAGUGUGCUAUCUGAAUGUUACCCAGAAAAACGUUGAAAAGGUGCUGCAAAAUGACAGUGACUCCCCAUGUAAGCAAGCAGUUCCAUCAAGUAAUUCUGGAAGGCAAAGCCAACAGCCUGGCCAAGGAGAUAACAUGGAAAAGGAAGCUGGAGCGGAAACAACUGAUGGAAUGACAGCGAUCUUCAGUAAGCUCUCGAGGACCAAGGAUGGUCGGAUAGCCGACUUACUUUGUGAUAAUGGUGGUGCAGCAAAAGCUGUUAAUGGUAGUAUUCUGAGAAUGGACAAAGAUACUCAUGGUGUACAAAAUCAUCAUGAGAAACGGAUGGAUCAAAUGGAUUCAAGUUCUCAAAUAAAUAAUUUGCCAGGCUUCAACUCCAGUCAGCAGCUGCAGAAAAUCAUUUCUAGCAUGAAUCCAGCUAAUUGCCAGCUGAAACAAGGAGGAGGCGUACCCAAGUAUGGAACAAGCAGUGAAGCUAAAAGUUCCGCUGACGAUAUAAUGAGAAAACUCUCAGGUGGUGAAAUGAUGGUUCCCAGUAGCAAGGAGAUAACUGUUGCUGGGGGUUCUCGUCGUAAUUGUGGAACACAUGGUGAAAGCAACAAUAGGGAUGAGCAUCAGCAGAAAAACCCGAAUGCAGAUACAAGAUGCACACAGCCGAUUCUAGGUGGAAGCUCAGUUAUGGCUGGAAGCAGAGAUUGUUCGCAAGCUUCCUGUACUGGAAAUCCUAGGCAACUCUCUGGCGAUGAAUCGAUGCAGGCUCGUAGUAAAAAACUUAAGAGUGAUGCAAUGCUUUCUGAUGGCAAUGGUCUGGAUGACAUAGCAGAUGAUUUCCUCGGUGGUCACAGUUUGAUCAGGAAGCCCAAGCAUCAGCAAAAAGACAUCACCCAUGGCGCAAGUGCGGGUACCCUCGAGCCAACUCAAGAAAAUUGCUCUAUGUCUGCCACCGGCGGAACAUUACCUUCCAGUCAUAAGAUGGUUUCAGUGGCUUCUGUACCAGAAUGGACUGAUGAGCAGCUUUCUCAACUCUUUGAUGACUACUGA